AGAAAAAGAAAAAGAAAAAGGAAUUAAAAAAAAAAGAGCUUUCUCUUGUCUCUCGCGCAGCUUCUCCGACCCUCGCCGCCGCAUAUCUCUCACGCUUGCGUGUCACCGUCUCUCUCACUCUCGUAUCACUCUUCCUCGCCGUCUCUCUCACACUAAAAUAUCUGCGACGCCGACAGGGACGGUUUGUGGGUGUGCGGCGGCAUCCCUGGCUAUUUUCUGUUCCCACAUUUCUAACCGCAAAACAUGCGCUCACCCUCUGCGAUGCUGAACUCAACCCUAGACUCAGAACCAUCGUCUCCUUCAACAACCAUCGAUUCCAAUCCUCAAAUCUCUUCUCCACUUCCCUCCUCAGUCCUCAGGUUAUGGAGACAAGCCGCGCAACGGAAUCUCAGAAACCAGUGGUCACAAUUGGCAUCGUUCAGGGAUCAAUGGUCCUCUAUUUCUUCCUCCGCAAGAUCUUACGCUAAUGCUCUCGUCAACUCUCAUCUUUCUCAAAGGUACAUGCCUAAUAUGAAGUUGGGUGUUUUGAGCGAUAUGCCUGAUAUAAGAAAGAGAGCUUGUUUCAAACUAUUCAAGCAGCAGGAACUUCAAAGGAGCCAAUUAUUGCUGUCUUAUAAGGACAUGGUGGCCGUUGUAAGUAAAAUGAUCAAUGUAAGCAGAUCAAUGAAGUGUUUUUUCAGAGGAUCAAACAAUAGUCCACUAUUACAAUUUUCCUACAACGCUGAAGAGCAGAGUGGCUCUGGAGAUAGUGGAGAUGGUGGUGGAAUUCCAGUAUUUGCAUUCUUCUCAAUCUCUUCACAUGAGAAAUUGGUGGAGGAGCUGGUUCAGAUGUUCAGAAUGGAAUUGUGUUUAAAGCGUCUACUUGUUCUUGAAUUUAUUUCCAUUGGUUAUGAUGCUUCAGAAGUAAACCAGUUGCAUUGGUCAGAUCAGCUUUAUGCUGAUGAAUUCAAAGAUUUGAGCGACUGCAAUAUGUACUGUGAGUUGAUUCAUGGACCCGUUCCACCAUGUUUGCGGGAUGGGAAAUCUGACAUGGGUGCUUUAAGAUUUGACAACCAACCCAACCCUGAGGUUUUACAGGUUUAUUUAACAUCAUGGCUUGCAGAGGUGAACAUAAACACUUUCAGGGUGAAUGAGAUAUUUGCAAUUGUUGGGGAGGAAAUGCAUGUUAGUAUAGGUUAAAUUUUGUGUCCUCUGCUAGUGAAGUCUGAUGAGCAUGUUGUUGGAGUAAGAUUGAGUGGUCAAACCUUUGAAGGCUCUUUUGAUGCAUUGUCAAGCUUGUCAUAUAAAAUAGAAUGGCAGGAGAAGUUCAUCGCUUGCUAUUACAGGCUUGCAAUAAAUGAUUACCAUGUCACGAAGAUUGGUAGUUUUAGGGUGAUAACAGUAACAUAUUGUAGGUAGAGGACAUGUUCUUCCUAUGUGGAUAAAUUUUGUUCCAAGGUAGACUUUAGCAAGAUCGGUGUCCGCAUGGAUACAUAACAUGCUCAACUAUAUUGCAUGUAUGUCAGAGGUUAAACUGCUUUGUUAUGCUGUAUUGACCUUGUGGAAAGAUUAUACUUUUUAUUUUUCAAGAAAACUAAUCCAUGAGACUGACUACUUCCACUGUUAAGUCAGAAUUGGUCAAUUUUAAGCCACUACAGAAUUUGGAUUCCC